AAAAAAAAAAAAAAAAAGACUCAUUGCAAAUGUCACACUAUGGUGGGUCUCCCUUAGUUCUCCCCAGACAGAAUGGCUCUACUGUCCUGUGCUCCUGCCAUAUCUCUUGUAGACAACAGUGAGAGUCCCUGAACUUCACACUACACCAGGGACAGGAUCUUGAGCCAUUCCAUUUGAAAUGUUAAGGGAAAUGGUAACUCUCUGAAGUGGGUGGUCUUGGGGCCACCCAAGGAACUUAUAUCCAGGUUACAGGUGUGUGGCCUCGACUGUGUCUCUGGCCUUCGGAUGCCCAUUCCUCACCGCCAUCCCCUUACUCUGAGGGAAGGGCCUGAGCCAUCGGCAACAGCUGAGACUGUGAAAUAGAAGAAGCAAAGUAGAAGCAGGGGAGGUGACCACUGUGCCCUGAGAGCAGGAGGGGUGAGCGGGCUGCACACAGACUAAGCACACGUCCCUCAGGUGGCCACGCCUCGAAGGCUGGACUUCGGCCGACUUGGACAGGCAGGCGAGUCAGGCUGUGCCCAGCAAGCCGAAGGUGCCUGGGCUUGCUCAUUCAGUCACAGUCACAGCCACCAUGCCAGGGAGGACCUGGAAGCUGUGCCUACUACUGCUGCUGGGGCUGGGACUGGAGUCCCAAGAGGCCCUACCCCCACCCUGUGAGAGCGAGAUUUACUGCCACGGGGAUCUCUUACACCAAGUUCAAAUGGCCAAGCUCUAUCAGGAUGACAAGCAGUUUGUGGACAUGCCACUGUCUAUAGCUCCAGAACAAGUCCUGCAGACCUUCAAUGAGCUGUCCAGGGACCACAAUCACAGCAUCCCCAGGGAGCAGCUGCAGGCGUUUGUCCAGGAACACUUCCAGGCCAAGGGGCAGGAGCUGCAGCCCUGGACCCCUGCAGACUGGAAAGACAGCCCCCAGUUCCUGCAGAAGAUUUCAGAUGCCAAACUACGUGUCUGGGCAGGGCAGCUGCACCAGCUCUGGAAGAAGCUGGGGAAGAAGAUGAAGCCAGAGGUUCUCAGCCACCCUGAACGGUUCUCUCUCAUCUACUCAGAACACCCCUUCAUUGUGCCUGGUGGUCGCUUUGUGGAGUUCUACUACUGGGACUCCUACUGGGUCAUGGAGGGUCUGCUCCUCUCGGAGAUGGCUGAGACGGUGAAGGGCAUGCUGCAGAACUUCUUGGACCUGGUGAAAACCUAUGGGCAUGUCCCCAAUGGCGGGCGCGUGUACUACCUGCAGCGGAGCCAGCCCCCACUCUUGACCCUCAUGAUGGAUUGCUACCUGACUCACACCAACGACACCACCUUCCUACAGGAGAACAUUGAGACGCUAGCCUUGGAAUUGGACUUUUGGACCAAGAACAGGACUGUCUCUGUGAGCUUAGACGGAAAGAACUACCUCCUGAAUCGCUAUUAUGUCCCUUAUGGGGGACCCAGACCUGAGUCCUACAGCAAAGACGCAGAGUUGGCUGACACCUUGCCGGAAGGAGACCGGGAGGCUCUGUGGGCUGAGCUCAAGGCUGGGGCCGAGUCUGGCUGGGACUUCUCUUCACGCUGGCUCAUCGGAGGCCCAAACCCCAACUCGCUUAGUGGCAUCCGAACCAGCAAACUGGUGCCUGUUGACCUGAAUGCCUUCCUAUGCCAAGCAGAGGAGCUGAUGAGCAAAUUCUAUUCCAGGCUGGGCAACGACUCCCAGGCCACAAAGUACAGAACCCUGCGGGCGCAGCGCUUGGCCGCCCUGAAUGCAGUCCUGUGGGAUGAGGAGACUGGUGCCUGGUUCGACUACGACCUUGAGAACAAGAAGAAGAACCAAGAGUUUUACCCAUCCAACCUCACUCCACUCUGGGCUGGGUGUUUCUCUGACCCUGGCGUGGCGGACAAGGCUCUGAAAUACCUAGAGGACAACCGGAUCUUGACUUACCAGUAUGGAAUCCCGACCUCUCUCCAGAAGACAGGCCAGCAGUGGGAUUUCCCCAAUGCCUGGGCCCCCCUGCAGGACCUGGUCAUCAGAGGCCUGGCCAAGGCACCUUUACCUCGGGCCCAGGAAGUGGCUUUCCAGCUGGCUCAGAAUUGGAUCCGAACCAACUUUGAUGUCUACUCACAAAAGUCAGCCAUGUAUGAGAAGUACGACAUCAGCAACGGUGGACAGCCUGGUGGGGGAGGAGAGUAUGAAGUUCAGGAGGGCUUUGGCUGGACGAAUGGCGUGGUCCUGAUGCUGCUGGACCGCUAUGGUGACCGGCUGACCUCAGGGGCCCAGCUGGCUUUCCUGGAGCCCCACUGCCUGGUGGCCGUCCUUCUGCCCAGCCUCCUGUUCAGCUUCCUGCCAUGGUGACAGCCCUCCCCUCUUCACCUGGCCCCAGCUCCUGUCCCAUUAAACCUCUGCACCAGUUUCCAUCUUCCCCUGCCUCUUCAUGCCCUCCUACCUCCCAGCCUGUCCUCAGAGUGAAGUAGGGGGCAGGUUCAUGACCUGGAGGUCAUGGGUUAGGGCCUAGCUCCCUCCUGGAACCUUGAACAGGGUGGAAAUCCUGCUCUGCGGGGAAGACCUGUCCCUCCUACCCCAAGUGCCCCAGCGCCAAGUCCCACACCUCCGGCCUUCCACUCACUUCCGUAGUCCAAAGGCUUUAUUGUUCUGCUGAAAUGCUUACAAAUACUGAAAACCCCCAGCCUGGGCCCACGCAAUCAAGGGCUUAAUGCUGGGAAGGAGAGAAGGGGAGGUGGGCUUUGUGUUAAGGCGUGAAGGGCGAGGCCGGACAGCUGGAGGCCUGGUCCUCCACUCUCCAUUUCCAUCGCCCUUCGGAGGCUGAAGGAAGGGCAGUGGCACCACAGGGCCCUUCCCCUCUGCUGCAUCAUCUCCUGCUCAGGCUUUCCCUCUAGGAGCAUCGGAGGAAUCCUCUUUCCCUGUCGGAAACUCGACCCUGUACAGAACUCCAACUAUAACCUUUCUAGCUUCCCCUCCCAACCGCAUCGCUCCUCCUCUGUUUCCUAGAUCCCCCGGCUUCAUCCCUUCUGGCUCUAAGCAAGGCACCAAUGGAAGGGAGAGGGCUGGACUGGGGGGCUGGCAGGCUGUGCAUAAGGGCUGAAGACACAGGCAUGGGGCAGGGAACAGGUGUUCAGUCCCUUUCCCCCAGCAUGAGAUGCCCAGGGGCCUGGGCUGGAGAGAUGAUGGCACGUACCCUCAGAUGGCCCACAGUUGAAGCAGUGGGCUGGGCCACAGAGCUGCAGCAAUUAGUAUGUAACCAUGGCAAUGAAGCAGUCGCUAUGGUAACCAUGGUGAUGGGUCUGCAACUACGGGAUGGAGCUGGGACCUCAAGGAUGACACUUGAGAUCUCUGGCCCUUGAGCAAGGUGAUACAAAGGAUAUGGGAAAGGAGAACAAUGGGGCAGAGUGGGGUUUGAGAAGUGGGAAGUGGGCUGCCUGAGCUAUUACCCCACUCUGGAUGUGGUUCUGCUCAGCCCCCAAAGCCCCUGGCAAAGGGGUCUGAGGCAGGAGGGGAUCUUUGGCAGCUUAUGGUACCAUAAUU